UAACAGAGCCUCUUGUUCGAGUGCUACGGAUUGUUGAUAGUGAUGAUAGGCCUUCAAUGGGCUAUUUGUACAUAGCUAUGCAUACAGCUAGGGAGGAACUAUUAAGAAGAUUUCAAAAAAAGAAAAAAAGAGUAGAUGUUUACUUGAAAAUCAUUGAUUCUCGCUGGGAUAGACAGCUUCACAAAAAUCUGCAUGCCGCUGGUUAUUGGUUGAAUCCGAGUAACCAAUAUAACACUAUUGAAAUGGAAAAGCACGAGCAGACUAUCUCAGGGCUCUUGGAUGUGAUUGAGAGUUAUGCUUAUGGAAAUCCCACUUUAAGAAGUAAGUUGACAAAUGAGAUGAAGUUGUUCAGAAAUGCAGAGGGAGACUUUGGGCGAGUGACUCUAUUAGUGAUCGACAUACGAUGCUUCCUGGUACUUAGAAUCUUUUGAAUUUUGACUAAUUCAAGUCAAGUAGUUUGUUUAGUUUAUUUUAAAUGCUAUAAUUUGAUUAUGAUGCAUCAAAUGCAGAUGAAUGGUGGUUGUGUUAUGGAAGUAGUGCACCAAAUUUACAAAAAUUAGCCAUUCGCAUCUUAAGCCAAACAUGUAGUUCAUCGGGUUGUGAACGGAAUUGGAGUGCAUUUGAACACAUUCAUUCAAAGAAAAGAAAUAGGUUGGAGCAUCAAAGGCUUAAUGAUCUUGUUUAUGUUCAUUACAACUUAAG